AUUCUUGCACCAAACCUUCUUCUUCCCUCCUCAAGCCUCUCCUUCUCUGUUCUCUCUAUCCGCACUCUCCAUCUUCCUCCUCCAACGAAGAAGGAAAGCAGGGUGUCACAGGGACAGAGAGAGAGAGAGAGAGAGAGAGAGAGAGGCUCAACAGCUCAGCCAUGGCAAUGACAGCCGCACGGACCCUUCUCGCCGCCCUCCUCUUCCUGGCCCUGACCUCCGCUGCAUUCUCCGACCCCAAGUCCAUCAUCGACUACGCCGCCAGAGACCGGACUGCCUCGGCCCCGAGGACCGACGGCGAGGUCAUGGCGAUCUACGAGCUCUGGCUCGCGAGGCACGGCAAGGCGUACAACGACCUCGGCGAGAGGGAGAUGAGGUUCGAGGUCUUCAAGGACAACCUGAGGUUCAUCGACGAGCACAACGAUUCCCAGAACAGGACGUACACGUUGGGCCUCAACAGGUUCGCCGACCUGACGAACGACGAGUACCGAGCCAUGUACCUUGGCACGAGGAGCGAGGCCGAGCGCCGGGUGAUGAAGUCCAGGAACGCCAGCAGCCGGUACGCCGUCCGAGCUGGGGACCGGUUGCCGGAGGCCGUGGACUGGCGGUUGAAGGGCGCGGUGAAUCCUGUCAAGGAUCAAGGAACUUGCGGAAGUUGCUGGGCGUUUUCGACAGUGGCGGCUGUGGAAGGAAUAAACCAAAUUGUGACGGGUGAAUUGAUAUCUCUAUCAGAGCAAGAGCUGGUGGACUGCGAUCGAAAGUAUAAUUCGGGCUGCAAUGGAGGUAUCAUGGACUAUGCAUUCCAAUUCAUUAUCAAGAACGGAGGGAUGGACACCGAGCAGGACUACCCUUACAAUGGCGUCAGAAGCAAAUGUGACACUUCUAGGGUGAAUUCGAAGGUUGUCAAAAUUGAUGGAUAUGAAGAUGUCCAACCCUAUGAGAGUGCGCUUAAAAAGGCCGUGGCACAUCAACCAGUUAGCGUCGCCAUUGAAGCCAGUGGCAGGGCCUUUCAACUUUACCAAUCUGGUGUAUUCACUGGCGAAUGCGACAUUUCCCUUGACCACGGAGUGAUUGUCGUUGGGUAUGGAAGUGAAAAUGGAGUGGAUUACUGGAUAGUGAGGAACUCAUGGGGCACCAACUGGGGCGAGGAUGGUUACAUUAGGAUGGAACGCAAUGUCGCCAACAACUUCUUCGGCAAGUGCGGCAUCGUGAUGGAAGCCUCGUACCCCACCAAGACCAGCCAAAACCCCACAAAAUCAGAGUCGAGGACAAUGACUACACUAGAAGUCCUCGAAGAGUCAGUUCUGGCUGCUCUGAGCUAGUCGAAGAGGAAGAACUUGAAGAACGUUGGGAAGCGCUUUUUUCAUGUUUCUCGAAUCCUUAUUUGGUGAUUGUGUUUUUAGAUAAUCCGUUCCUCUUAGGCCUGAAGUUAUAAUGAAGGAGCAGGCUUUCAUUCUUAGAAUUCGGCAGUCAUUGUUGUGCAUACUUAUGUGUUGAAGUCGAGCUGCACCUGAGGAAAGGAUCCUGGUCACGGUUUUAUGUAAUCUUUCGCAAUGCUCAUGAGAAUGAAUGUCUUCAGCUAGUGUUUAUGAAAAA